AUGGACUUGCCUGUAUCUUCUACAAGGGCUCUCAUUGGCCUUGUGCUUCUGGUCAUCGCCAUCGGCGUAUACUUUAAAAAAGCCAGCAAACGGGGCCUUCCCUUGCCUCCUGGGCCUCCAGGAAAUCCAUUCUUGGGUCAUCUUCGAGUCAUUCCACAAGAUCAUCCAGAGCACCAGUUUGUGACAUGGGGAAAGGAGCUUAACUCUGAUAUACUUUACUUCAACAUCUUGGGAAGACCCAUGGUCGUACUCAACAGUGUCGAAGCGGCACACGACCUAAUGGAUAAGAAGGGAGCAAACUAUGCCGAUCGCCCACGCUUUGUUCUUUUUGAGGUUAUGGGAUGGGGCAUUACCCUCUCAUUUUUGCGGUGGUCUCCCAGAUUCAAGCUCCACCGAAAACUCAUUCAGCAAGCAUUUACCCAGUCAGGCUGCAAACCCUAUCGGCCUCUUCAGCUGGAAGAAGCCCGUCGAGCUGUGAAGUCCAUCGUGCAUAAGCCUCAAGACUGGGAAAUCCUCCUGAGAAAUUUUGCUACUGCCGUCGUGCUGCGCAUUGGCUUCGGCAUUGAGAUUCAGGAGGAGAAUGACCCCUAUGUCAAAAUGGCCAUUGAUGUGGAAGAGGCUACUGGCAAAGGUGGCGUCCCAGGGGCUUCGAUCGUCGACUUCUUCCCAGUUUUCCGUCAUCUUCCCAACAUUGUCGAGAAAAUCUCAGCGGUGUUUCAGCCGCUGGUCCAUGCUCGUCACACCAAACCUAGCAUUCAACUUCUUCACGACGCGCCGUGGGAUGUCACAGAGCCUUCUAUCCGCUCCGGAAAAGCCACCCAGCCCUCCUUUAUGCUCAGUCACUUUGGAAAAUACCUUGCAAAUGAGAAGGCUGGCAAGUCGAAUGAGGCUACUGUUGCCGAUAUCAAAGGAAUAUGCGGAACGCUGUCCAUUGCUGGGGCUAAUACCACAUGGUCUACUGUGAUUGUCUGUGUUCUCAAUCUCAUGUUGAACCCGGAUGUCCAGGCCAAGUUGAGGGCAGAGAUCGACAGUGUGGUCGGUGUGGAUGAUAAUGGUGAUAUCCUCCGUCUUCCAGACUUUGAGGACCGGGCCCAGAUGCCUUACCUUGAAUACGUUAUUCAAGAAUCAACACGCUGGGCACCACUCUCCCCACUUGGCGUGCCCCAUGCUUCUAUCGCCGAUGAUACAUACAAAGGCUAUCACAUCCCAGCCGGAUCGGUAGUCUUUGCAAACGCGUGGGCCAUGUCACGGGAUGAGCGCUAUUACUCUUCGCCAGAUGACUUCAACCCGGACCGAUACAUCCCGCAAUCAGAGGGCGGAAAGGGAGAGCCCCUACCCGAAGGUCCAUUUGGAUUUGGACGAAGGGUCUGUCCAGGCCAAUACCUGGCACUCGCCAGUGUUUAUAUCAUUAUGUCUACUUUGGUAGCCACUAUGGAGAUGAAGUGCCCCGUUGAUGAAAAGGGUGAAAGAAUCCUCCCGAAGGUGACGUUCACCAAUGGAUUGAGUGGUGUCCCUGACAGCUUCCCAUGUGUCAUCACGCCGAGGUCAGAAAAAGCCCAGGAGUUGAUUUUGGAUAUUUAG